AUGGCUCCCCCUCUCAACAAGCGGCAGAACUCACUGCCCACCGGCUUCAUAUCGAUUCGAGAUAUAUUGGACCGUAAGCGUGGAGUCGGAAACUUGCUGAAUGUCAUUGGCGUCGUCAAAGACUUCAGAACCCCCGUUCCUACCAGGAGAAGCGAUUGGAAGUGUGAGAUCCGUCUAUGUGACAACUCUGAUGAAGAUGCUUCAUCCAACUCCAUCGCCAUCAACAUAUUCCGGCCGGAAAAUGAGAUGCCGGAUCCCAGCCUUGGUGACGUUAUAGUGCUCUACCAGGCCAAGCUGCAAUCACACUCCGACACACUAUCACUCGUGACGCACUGGACCACAGAUGUGUAUCUAUAUUCGGCAAACCAGAUUCCACGGCCACCAGAAGGAGCAUUGAAAGCGCUACGCCCUCAGCAAAGAAAAACGACUCAUAGCCCUGGACAGACAGUACAUGAAUACGUUUCGUCUCUCUUUCACUCCAUAGACAAGAAGAGUCUUCCAUCUGAGGCAGAGUUCCAAGAUAUGAAGGCAAAAUCCGCCAACACCUCGGACAAAUUCAAGGAGCUCAAGGAUGUCCGAGAUAGCACGUUUGCCGAUGUAAUAGUCCAAUUGGUCAGGCAGCCAUAUGAUACCAGCGACAAAAUUACUCUAUGGGUAUCAGACUUUACGGAGAAUGACAGCUUUUUUCAUUUCGCAUUCAAGGGAUUUGGUGGCGAUGGUGGCCAAGCUUCUGACCCUUAUGGAUAUGGAGUUAACCUGCCAUACGGAGCUGGCACUGGCGGUGAGUGGAAAGGACCAUUUGGGAAGCGGAGCAUGCAGGUCACUUGCUUCGAGCCUCAUACCUCAUUUAUCAGAGAACGAGGACUCUCCACAGGCUCUUGGGUCAUGCUUCGGAAUCUUCACAUAAGAUAUGGACACAACGCCGCCAAUCUUGAGGGCUACUUGCGUUCGGAUUGGAAGAUCCACGUCACACAGAUGGAUAUUACAGAUACGGAGGCUCCUGAUCCUCGCUUAAAAGAGGCUGUCCGCCGUAAACGCGACUACGAACGGGAGAAGGAAAUGCUCCUUCAAGCAGGAUUGGCUGGAAAGAAGAGGAAGAGUGACUUGGCCGAGAUGCAGCCGCCCCAAGUUGAGAAGCCCAGGAGGAACAAAAAGCCCAAACAAAAGGCGAAGAAACCAGUAAAGGUCGCAGAAGUCUCAAUAUUGUCACAGAUAGGGGCCACAGAGCAAGGAGAGUUGACAGUAAUGUCUAAUGGCAUGUCCACGGAAACAUCUGCUGCAAUAUCAACUGCAUACUCAAAAGUGAAAUGCGAAAACGAAAACAAAGCCGUCAGCACCAUUGGCGACAUGCUAGAUCCCGUAUACGUAGAAACGGAUAUCAAUGGCGAGCAAGUCAAGCUGCAGCUUCCUUUUGUAAAUAUGAAGUACCGCGCCAACGUUCGGGUUGUCAAUUUCAUGCCCCCUGACCUUGAGGACUUUGCUCAACCAAAGAAAGUAAAGAAAAAGAAACAUCCGGAAUUCGAUAUGCUUUCCGAUGAAGAGUCAGAUGCAGACGCAGAAAUGGAAGGAGAAGAAACAGUGGAUCGUUCGACAGCGCGUGUGUGGGAGUGGCGAUUCUUCUUGGAACUGGAAGAUGCGAGCUCUCAUGGGGAAACCCAAAAAGAGAAGAAAACUCUCUGGGUCGCAGUGAACAACCCUUCUGCGCAAUGUCUUUUGAGCUUGGACGCCUCUGACUUGCGAUCGGACCAAAAGAAUCUCGAGGCCCUACGCCAGCGCCUAUUUCUCCUAUGGGGUGACCUGGAGGAAAAGAAGAUCCUGGAAGAAGAAAACAAACGUCAGGCAGCGCUGACGAACAGGGGGGUAAACCGUCCCCCGUUGCACAGUUCCGAUGAUGAAGGCAGGAUGCCGCAAAAGCAGGGCCCGGGAUCGUCGCAAGUCCGUAGCAGGCCGUUUUCCUGCUGCAUUCACCAGUACGGAGUCGAAGUUCCCGAGGAAGAUCCCCUCAAGGCAGACGCUGGCGAGGGCAUGAGGUGGCAGAGAAUGUUUGGGCUUUUUGGGACACGAAUUGCAUAUACUUGA